AUGGCGGCCAGCAGGAGACUGAUGAAGGAGCUUGAAGAGAUCCGCAAAUGUGGAAUGAAAAACUUCCGUAAUAUCCAGGUUGAUGAAGCUAAUUUAUUGACUUGGCAAGGGCUUAUUGUUCCUGACAACCCUCCAUAUGACAAGGGGGCCUUCAGAAUUGAAAUCAACUUUCCAGCAGAGUAUCCAUUUAAACCACCCAAGAUCACAUUUAAAACCAAGAUCUACCACCCUAACAUUGAUGAGAAGGGGCAGGUCUGUCUGCCGGUAAUUAGUGCUGAAAACUGGAAGUCAGCCACCAAAACGGAUCAAGUAAUCCAGUCCCUCAUAGCACUGGUGAACGACCCCCAGCCUGAGCACCCACUCCGGGCUGACCUAGCUGAAGAAUACUCUAAGGACCGUAAAAAAUUCUGUAAUAAUGCUGAAGAGUUCACAAAGAAAUAUGGGGAAGAGCGACCUGUGGACUAA